GAAACAACCUAUGAACCAAAAACCAAAGAACUUCAAUAUGUUAGAAUAGACGAUUCUAAUGCAGAGAUAGAAGAAACAGAAGCAGAAAACAAUAUCUGGAAGACCAGCACUGAAAGUGAAGA